AUGGCUUCGAUUGCGUACGCCAAAGAUAUACAACUAAUGUCUCAAGAAAUUAUUGUUCAACAAAACGGACGUCAUCAUUAUCAUUACGAACAGAACGAUGGUUCCAAGGUCACACAAGAUGGUUAUCAAAAGCACGUUGAGGCUGAACAUGACGGCCAAGCUAUGGAAGGUAAGUUUUCUUUCCCCGCAGAUGAUGGUAAGCUAUACACUGUUACUUAUACUGCCGAUGAAAAUGGUUUUCGUGCGUAUGGAGAACACUUGCCGACACCGCCACCAACGCCAGAGGCUAUAUUGAAAGCUCUGAAAUAUAUAGAAGAACAUGCCUAUCACACAUCAGAGACGCAUUGA